AUGGCAGAUUACUUAUUGCCUGCUAUAGAUCUUGACGCUGGCUUAAGGAAAAUCAGGGCCAAUGCUGCUGAAAAUAAGUAUAAGAAUGAAUUAGAAUUCCAGCAAGAUUUGAAUUCUCUAGUGAAAAGCGUCCAUGAUGGCCACUUUACUUUACAUUUAGAUGCCUUGAACAUCUUUACUUUUCGGCGAUCUGGAAUUGGGCCUAUAGUUGCUUUAUCUUCUGAUGGGGACAGCCUGCCUAAGAUAUACUCCUAUCGUAAGUAUGGAAUUUCUCUUUUAUAUAGGUUGGUAGCUCAUCUGCUGGCAGGCGAUUUGAAAAAGCGCAACACAGAUUGGAAAACCUCUGCGAUGAAAUCGAUAGACGGCGAAGAUGUCCACCAGUGGCUCAAGCGCCUUUCAUACAAUGGGACAUCGCAAGAUCCGGAUGCACUCUACAACGAACUUUUUUUCACUCUUCCCGCCAGCACGUUGGGUUAUUUUGGAACUUUUUUCUCUGCAACCGGGUUAUAUACUGGGAACGAAAUUGAGGUCGGGUUUGAAAAUGGUACCAACCUUAAACAUAAAAACGAAGCUAGCUUUCAUCUUGAUUUUAGUGACGUGAAAGAUGGAGAGACGUUUUACGGCAAAUUCUGCAGCGGAAGAGUAGAACAAGCGCCUCUCCUGAAAAAAAGACAGGUUGAGCUUGAAAAAAAGCGGGAGUUAGAAAGCCCACGGCCAGAGUUUCCAAAGGCGGUUAUCGAAUCUGACGACGGCAUUAUUGCUGGGUAUUUCCUAGACGACGAAUUUGAUACGGCAGUCUUAUCAAUCACUUCGUUUGAUCCAGACGGGGAGGGAAACAAUGUCAAUUUAAAGUUCAGCACUGUCGUAACUAAAUUUUUGGAGAAAUGUGGAAAAGAAAAGAAAAAGAAAUUGAUACUUGACGUCACAUCGAACGGUGGUGGCGUUCUUUUCCUAGGAUUCGAUUUAUUUAUGCAGCUUUUUCCGCAAGGGAAUGUUACAAGUACCUUCAAUCUUCGGGCCACAGAGCAAAUUAAUGUCAUUGGUAGGAAGGUCAACAAGCUGCUAAGUGAUUCAACGACAAAGAAUGGCAAGACAGCCACAUACGAGAGAAAUGGCAUAUUCGAUAUUAACUCGUACGUGGGCAAUAGUAAUGGCCAAAAGUUUGAAUCAUGGGAGGCCUACUUUGGGCCAGAAAUCAACAUGUUCAAUUUCACCCGCCUAGCUCGCUGGGACUUGAAUAACGAGAUCAUGUCUUUGAAAAUCGGAAAGUUGACAGUCGCAGGCUAUGGAAGUCGCUUCAAACAAGCCCCUCAAGUCUUCAAAGCAGAGGAUAUUAUUUUACUCACUGAUGGGACUUGCGCCUCAACUUGUGCAGUGUUGGCGGACCUGCUCAAACAGCAGAGAGUCAGAUCCAUUAUGGCAGGAGGAUUGCCGCGGCAAGGUCUGGUUCAAGCUGUAGGUGGAGUGAAAGGCUCACAAGUUCUCACAUUCCAAAACGUCUUCAGAUCCGCAGCCCGUGUUUUUGAAUUGUAUUUAACGCCGCAGGAGCAACAACAGCUGGACGACACUGAUCUUGGCAAAAUCUAUCGAACUGGAUCUUACGUCCUUGCCCGUACUGUCGGGGACGGGACUGGCGGUCGCAUCAAUUACCGCAAUGCUAUCCACCCUGAUGACAACGACCGCAUUCCUCGACAGUUUGCAUAUGAACCAGCCGACUGCAGGAUCUGGCAUACCCCCGAAACAAUUCUCAACCCAAGCAGAUUUUGGGCUUUGCUUGGCAGCAGGGUCUGGGGAAAGGGUAAAUGUACUAUAGGCUCGAAAACGAAGGCAGAGUAA